CUAUCUGUCACCACUGUGUUCUUGGGUAUCGUCGCUUUUCCUUUUACAGCUAAGUAUGAAGCAUCCAUUUAAUCUGCUCUUGUUCUUAGUCAGUCUCAGAUGUUCCACCUUUGCACAGACAACGAGGCUGGUGAACGCUACAGUAUGGUGUUCAGACUGCCACCCAAAUGCCACCUGUGAGGAGAAUGGAGAUCUCCGCCAAUGCAUCUGUCAAGAUGGGUUCACUGGAGACGGGGCCACUUGCUCUGACGUGGACGAGUGUUCCAGCCGUGGUCUAAAUCAUUGCCAUUCCUUAGCAACCUGUAUUAACGCCCACGGCAACUAUUCCUGCUCCUGCCCCGAGGGUUACAGUGGAGAUGGCUUCCAUUGCAAACCUGCUGGCUUUGCUGAAGAAUGUGUGGGACUCAACGGAUCCCGUUCCUGCUCCGAUCCGUGUUCGAGUCACACGGUUCUAGAUCAACCCUGGCGAAGCACCUCCUACGGGGAUGGAAGUAACUGUGACAGAGAUAAAAAAGGGUGGUAUCGAUUUGUAGGCAGUGGAGGAGAGCGCAUGCCAGAAUCUUGCGUGCCGAUCAAUAGGUGUAACACUGAUGCACCCAUGUGGCUAAAUGGAUUGCACCCGACCCGUAAUGAUGAAAUAGUAACCCGUACCGCCUGCGCCCACUGGAGUGGUAACUGUUGUCACUGGUCUAUCCCUGUACAGAUUAAAGCUUGCGUAGGUGGUUAUUACGUCUACCAGUUUCAAGGGACACCAGCUUGUUCCUUGACUUAUUGCACAGAUCCUGCGUACGUAGGGAGCCCAUGCCAUGGAUGCAAUGCAGAAGAAGAGUGCAAGCUGAUCAAUGGGAAAUGGGGCUGCGCCUGCAGUUCUGAUGCUUCGAACUUGGAGCCACAACUGGAGUGUGGUGCAAAUGAAAUCAAGGUCUCCAUGGCAAAGUGCAUCCUCAAUAGCUUCCAGAAUUUAACAAUGCAUCUGAGAGAUAACCGAUGUGCUGGUUUUGUAGAGCAGGGGAACAGAACAGUGGUCUCUGUGGUGACACCCACCCAAGCUGGCCAGUGCGGAACACUAUUGACGAAAAAUGAAACCCAUGCCACAUAUAGCAACACACUCUAUCUGGCUGAUGGGACUGUCAUUAGAGAGAACGAAAUCAAAAUUAAUUUCCAGUGCUCCUACCCGUUGGAUAUGGAAACCAGCCUUAGAACGGCCAUCCAGCCCAUUGUCAGUUCAACCAACAUCAGCAUUGAAGGAGCAGGUCAGUUUAUAAUUAAGAUGGCUCUCUACAGAGACCAAAACUACACCUCACCCUAUGAGGGAGCAAUGGCCGUGUUGCCAACUCAGACCUGGCUCUACGUUGGUGUCAUGGUCACCAGUGGGGAUGUGAGCAACUUUGUCUUGCUGAUGGACAAUUGCUUUGCAACACCCACAGAAGACACCGCUGACCCUCUGAAAUAUUUCAUCAUUCAAAACAGCUGCCCAAACAGACGGGAUGCCAGUAUAACAGUCCCAGAAAAUGGAGUCUCGUCUCAAGGACGGUUUUCCCUCCAAGUGUUCAAGUUCGUUGGGAAUCAUAACCUCGUUUAUCUCCACUGCGAAGUUCGCCUCUGCGACCCUAGUGCUGGACUAUGCAGACCGCACUGCGCAGGAAUUGAAAGUCGCCAGGCGGCUGCUGCUAUCGCAAAGGGCUAUUUGUUGGAUGUGGGUCCCAUUGCCCGCCAAGGUUUUGAACAUCUUGCUGGGGCUGCUGCACCUCAAGGUUUACAAGGAGCGUGGGUGACCGUGCUGAUGUCUGCUGUUCUGGUCUUCUCCAUCCAUCCAUUUGCUUAACAGCCAACGAGAGAAAACCUUGCUGAAGCAGCUGUAAGCUGAUGAAGAAUUCAGUCGAACAGAGAGAGGAAAACGUAAUGGGCUACCUGCGUGCUGAUUUUCUUUUACUGUGGUGGAGGGGAUGGAAAUCUAGAUCAAUUUAAUGUGCUCUUCUUAAAUGAAUUUAUUACAAGAGUGGUCCAGUCUUUCUCCUGCUCUCCUUCCUAGUCAAUCCAAGGCCACAGAUGAUGCUCUCCAUGAAUGUGCUUCUGAGACGCAACCCCAUUAUUUAAACUUUGGAACAUCUUAUUUGUGCUUACUGCUGCAUGUAGCUCACUCCACUAAUUGAAUGCACCGUUGGGGUCCAAGAUGUGUGUACGUAGAAACUAGCCUACUGUACAACACUAGCCCAAUGUCACAUCAGCCAUGACCAUCGCUGGCAAGUGGCUCCCAGAAGUUUGCAGGGUGGCCCAUGAAGUUAAAAAAAAAAAGGUUCCGUGCUCCUGCCCUGGAACAAUGUUGUCAUUGUGGGAAUUAAAACAGUGCCUUAUUAGAUCCCAGACUUAACUGCCUAAUACAGUGGUACCUCAGGUUACAUACGCUUCAGGUUACAUAUGCUUCAGGUUACAGACUCCGCUAACCCAGAAAUAGUACCUCGGGUUAAGAACUAUGCUUCAGGAUGAGAACAGAAAUAGUGC